GCCGGCGUUCGCGCGCUGCCAGUCUGUUGUGUGUGUGCGCCGCGUGCGUCUCUUCUCCGAGCAAGCAAGCGACGGCGUGUCUGGCCGCUGCGUCCCGUGGUCUUCUCGGCUGUCGAAGUCUCGUGUUUCGUGUGUCCCACCGUGGGUAUCGUCUGAGCCCGUGCGUUGUUGUUUUCUCGUGAUCCAGUGCUUGGUUCGCUGCACAGACAGCGUGGUGCGCGUUUCGUGCCCGGCGUUUCUGCACAAACUUGGAGGGAAGCGCGAACAAUGCACGCUUCGCGUUGUGCAUGAAGAACAGUUCCUGACGGCGUCAUCUACUGGAUUCUAGCGAACAGGCGGGACUACGGCCAGAGGCUGUACUCAUCUCUGAUCAGCGCCCGAAGCCAGAGCAAGCCAAGCCAUGACUGAAGACCGGACCAAUAGGCGGAGGCCAGCAGUGCGCGUGUGUCAACUGGAAACCACGUAAAGGAGGGAGGGUGCAGCUUGCCUUCUGACGUCACCACAUCCAUCGUGUGCCAUCCAUUGCCGGCCUAUCAGCAGGAUUUACACCGAUGUCCAGUGGAGGACCGAUUGUGCGGACGGCGUUCGCGUCCAACGGCGGCGCUGCCUCCGCGGCUAGGAACGGCGUUCGCAGCGCCGGCAGCGUCAGGACCGGCCACGGCGUCUCCGGCGGCGGAGGCUACCCUCCCUGGCGAAGGGUCAGCGGUGACUUCUGCCUCGACCUCGCCAGGGAGGACAGGCACGCUGCGGAUGCGGUUGUGAAACCCCGCUGCAACAGUGCGACUGCGGCUCACCGUGCCCGGGACGUGGACGAGUUUUACCUUCGCGUCACAAAACGCCAGGAGGAGCACCUCAUCCCGCUGAAGGAAGACCUCGCUGACUGGCUCAACAAGUCACUGGACGUUGAGGACAUCACGGCAGACAACUUCCUGGACAAACUGGACAAUGGCGUGGUCGUCUGUCGGCUAGCCAAGCUUAUCCAAGCCAGGGCGGAACACUGUUGCCAACUAAGCGGCUCCUCCAAGGUGGUUCCGAGCUUCGAGUUCAAGUGCUGGGAGAACGCAAAGUCCGGCACUUUCUUCGCACGUGACAACGUGGACAACUUCCUGCGAUGGUGCCGCAAGUUUGGUGUCAACGAGUCGGUCAUGUUCGAGUCGGACGGACUUGUGCUUCACAACCAGCCUCGUUGCGUGGUGCUGUGCCUAUUGCAGCUGGGCCGCAUCGCGUCGCGGUUCGGCGUCGAGCCACCGGGCCUCGUUCAGCUGGAGAAGGAGAUCGAGGAACAAGAGCAGCAGCUUCUCCAGCAGCAAGACGACGUGCCCGAAGCCCUAGGCGCCGUCGUUGACGAAGAGGAGUCCUCUUCGGCGUGCUCGUCGCCGGCGCUGUCCCGCGCCCACUCGUGCCUGUCGGACGACGACGUCGCCUCCAGCACCGGCGACCAGCAAGGGUCGGCGACCUCGAACGGCGGCACGGACAGCGCCGUCGAGAGUUCGCUGGAGCCCCAGCUCCCGGGCGCCAUCGCCGACGCCGUCGACGGCGUGCCCAUCAAUGGGGCCUCGAGGAACAAGGACGAGGAUGAGGACGACGACGGCAGGGACUCGGGCCUUCCUCACGAGGGCGGCGCCGAGGACUCCCUGGACGGCUCGUCGCUGAACGGGACCUCGUCCACGCCCAGUCCGCCACCGCCGCAGCAGCCGCCCGAGCCGCCGGUGCAGACCAAGGUCGCCAAGAAGGCCGAGGGCAAGAAGAAGGCUCCCUCGGACCUGGACCGGAAGGUCCGCAAGAUUGCCAGUCGUGUGUGCCAAAGUGAGACCCAGAUCAAGCGCAUCUCAGAGGGCCGAUACUGCAUCGGGGGUCGCAUCUACUUUGUCAGGCUGCUCAAGGAGAAGCACGUCAUGAUCCGUGUGGGUGGCGGCUGGGACACCCUGGAGCACUUCCUGUCCCGGCACGACACCUGCAACGUCAUCCUGCUGAACCGGCGGUCCUCUACGGCCUCUGAGGACGGCUCGCACUCGCCCUCGUCCGGGUCGACCUGCUCUCUCCUCAGCGGCACGCCGUCGCCCCUGGGCUCGAGCUCAGGAAAUUCAACGCCCGCAGGCAUGGGUCUGUCGCGACCCAGGUACCGGAGCCCAGCGUCCAGCGUGUCGCUCAGUGCCAUCAGUUCGCUGUCCAAGCAAGUGGGGUAGUAGUGAGCGUGGAACAACCCCUGCAUUCACUGGCCAUAAGCACCAUGCAGUAGCAUUGUUCGGGAACAGCUUUCUCCAGCGGCUUUAGAUGGGUGGGCUGGGCAGCAAACAUUUGGCUCAAGAGGAAAAGUCUGCAGCACCUGCAACAGUAACUUGCUUCGGUCAAACUAGAUGAGUGUUUGCAGCACAGAGGGUUCGCUAACCCGACUCGGUGUUCCAUUGUCACAAGGAACAUGCCCCCAUUCUAACACAACCAUUUGUCCGACUGUCAUUGUGGCAUGUGCAUUUGAUGUCAUACAUUUCAUUCAUAGAUACAUGUAUGUAGUUGAUCAGUGACAUCAUCAACAGGCUUCCCUGUCUGUCAUCUAUUCAAAGCCAGUUUUUUUAUCAUUUAAAUAUCUCGCCUUCUUCUGUCAUCAAGAAGCCAUCACUGCUUCAUUAUUUUUUAGCUCUUUUUUUCAUUUUUUAAUAAUUGUUAGGGUGUUACAUCCCAAAACCACGAUAUGAUUAUGACAAAUGCCGUAGUGGAGGGCUCUGGAAAUUUCAAGAUAACAGUAGUGUUCACGACAGACUGUGGAUGUUCAUGUGCAACUAAACAAGAUGUAGUUAUUACAGUUGGUUACUUUCGUAGUCAUGGAAAUAUUGCUUAGUUAAUACAGGCAAUGCCAGAGAAGAAAGGCAGUUUUAAAAACAUUUUGCUAGGCACUCUAUUCUCAGCUGUAAGCGAGGUCCAUCUGGAAAUCCCUUGGAGAAAGCUGUUCCCACACUUUGCCCACUGGCCUGAAAAUUUCAGAAGGGAGAACUCAGGUGCUCUUUAAAAAAAUGUGCAACAGACCAGCUGUCCAUUGUUGUACUUGCAGUGAUUUAUUUAGAAAGGUUGAUUUUGUAAAGUGUUUUAUAACUUUUUUUGCAUGACAUGCUGUUGCUUUCGAGCCGUUUCACUAUAAUGCGUCUUCAGCGCACCAUGACCUGCACCUGUCGGUGGCCGUGGAAACGACUGAUUGCACUCAUUUAAUGUAUGUGAAAGUCGUUUCAGAAGCUGUGAGCACCUUUUGUUCUUCUCAUCAACCCUUGAAUUUCCCUUGUUACAACUUUCUAAAGUUUCAUUUUUUUAUGGCUUUCUGCCUUUUGUGUAACGUGCAAAAGCCUUUGCACUGUAUUUUAGUACAAUCUUACUGCGCAUCACCCUCAACAGGCAAUGAAUCAAGAUCACCUUACUUGAUUUGCAGUUUUUAAGAGUAACAAAAUUCAUCCGCUUUCUUCGAAAGACACAUUCACAUUGGAAUGGGAAGGUGAAUGGAAAAUUGUGUGCAUUUCUGUUAGUUAAUGCUGACCACCUGGUACUUUGAGGUCAUGAACUCUGUGCAAGUAUCAGCAUGAAGGCAGGAAAUCUACUCAACAUAGCUUGCAUUGCUUAGGAUUAGAUAAGUUCUGAAGAAUAAAAAAAUUUUUUCUGUUGUUCAUCAUUGUGUGUUACUUGCUAAGUAUCCCUCCUGUUUUAAUGUUUUGUCUUUUUUUCUUGCUACCAUUGCUAUUGUUUACAUGUUCCGUUUGCCUCCUGUUUUUUUUUUUUUGUCCAUUAUUAUUACCCUUUAGUCAUUUAGUGAGUCCGUGAUCGUUAUUUCAUUAUUCGGAUUGACACUUUCGAGUUUUUCACACGCUUCACAGCGACAAGAAACACCCUUGCACAUUUUUUUCUUUCUUCGAUUCUUGCUCUGAGGAUAUGGCACUGCACGAUUUGAGCACUUGUGAAAUUUUAGCACUAUUUUGACGUUUUGUUUUAUGACUGCAAGCGAGAGUGCUUCGCGUGUCCAGCGAGAAAAACGCCACUAACUUAGAAACUGCAUCGCAGAAGCUUUCCACUUUGUCUGCUACUGCUCAGUAUCUCAGUUCACUGCCAUGACAAUGCAUUUUUAUUGCGUGCCCAAAGAUAAACAAUUUUUUAUUUAUGUGCCUAUACCUGAGGAAACAGUGUGAACAUAGCUUCACUGCUGGCUUACCUAGACGCACCAGAUUAAUUAAUCGUGAGAGAAUGUGUUCCUUAAUGACUUUUUCCUUGGUAAUGAGUUGCAACUGAUGAGUGAUCAUAUUGUCAUUAGCAUAAUGCAGCUGUGCGAUCUGUUUCCGUGUGAAUUCUAUGAAGAUCUAAUGAAAUCUCUGUGCUGUUUUGGCUGUAUAACUUAGGCAUCGAGGAAAUACACGCAUUUUAGUAGUUGCUUGUUGUAUUAAAGAAUGAUUUUAUGUAUAUACGAAGUGUUGAUGUAGCUUUUAGAUCACUAUUUUGGUAUGCUUGAUGUGGAUCGUUUUAAUCACUGUCCAGUUUGAAGUGAACGUUCUGACAUUGCUCUGCAUCUUUUUAGCCGUACUUUUGCUUCUUGUUGAUGUGUUGACUGUUUUUUACUUAUCGUACGACAGUUGUGCGAGUCAUGAAACAUUUUGAGUCUUUGCAGCGAUCGUUGGUUACUUGUAAGUUUUUCAGCUUCUUCAGGGAGUGCUAUUGAGAUCUGAACGAAUCGCUUCGAGCAUUAAUUUUUUUUUGCCAUUGUGCUUUGUUGCAUGACUGUCCUGUCGUCAUGGUAAAAGUCACGCAAUAAUAUAUUUCAUUGUUUCUUAAUAUUUCAUGCAUAAGCCUACUUUCAUUUGCAAGCUUUCCAGUCUGUAAGCCUCCCAUUCGAUUUCCGUACCUGUAGUCUUGUACAAAGGUUUAAGAUUUUUUAUGCAGGUCAGCGUUGGACUUUAGAAACGUGGAGUAAGCAGGGUGUGUCACCCUGAUGUGGCAAUCGUGAACAGUUGGCUAGAAUUAUGUGCUAUAAAAUCUUACAAUUGUGUUUUGCAAAGCAUUUCUUAGUGUAAACUAUCACUUGUUUGUUUUUGUGACUUACAGAACGGCAAACUCUUUGGACAUUUAAGCGUAUUUUCUUAUUUUUGUUCUAAAGAUAAGAAAUCAAUGUCUAUGUUGUAUUUUCUUGGUUUGCAGUAAAGUCAGUAGAAAUAUUUUAUUCUGCCUGAUUUUCCUUACUUUCUUAUGUCUUUCCUAAAAGAACGAUAAAGUUCUUUUUUAUGAAACACUCAUGCUAGUUUAUUGACCAUGCUAGCAUAAAUUGUUCCAGUAAUGCCAUUUCUGUGCUCGCAGCUUUCCAGUAGAUUCUUGCAGCCCUAAUAAAAGGGGUACUGACACCUUUUUUCGAAGGCGAGUUUGCCAUACAAAUCUCAUGUAUGCAGAGACGGCUGUGAGCAAGUGUGAAGCUCAUCAAAUGCUGAUAAGAUAUUUUAUUUUGGUAUUGAAAGUCAAUUUUUUCCAUGGCGCACCUACCAAUAUCGACACUAGCUUGACGUCAGGCUACAGUACUAAUUCAGGUGACUUCACGCAGCAGUCUCGCUAGUUGUCGUGACGUCGGGUACCAAAACUUCCAGGAUGGCCGCUUGUGCGUCACCAAAACAUUCAAAAUGGUCGCUUGUGCGUCAUCAACGGAGCCACGGUGUGGAGCGGCGGUGGAAACGCCACCAUAUAUUGUGCGAGCACUUGACUGGAAGCUCAUACCGCGUUGUGACGUCAGGGUACAGUAUACAAACCGAAACUAACUUUUAAAAACAUGUUUUAAUUACUUUUUUAGGGUGUACUCGCGUUUAGCACUACCUUUUCUAGGCUCUUGAGAGCCUCGUGGCCUUUUAUUUGACGCAAAAAAACAACUGAAAAUUUUCGUGUCAGUACCCCUUUAAAAUGAUCAAUAUUAACGCGUCGUCUGACACAGUGCUUUCAUGAACAUUAAGAGCAAUUUUUUCUCGAUAUGCAGCUUGAACCACAGAGCUUUGUUCGAAAAAGGUACCUUCUUUGUACUUUUACGAGCCCUCACAAUGUUUAAUUUUACUUUCUAGUAGAGGAUAAAAGCGAAGGAUUCCGGUGGCGUUUACUGUGUGGGUUGCUCGAAACUCUCAAGUGAGUGCUACCUUCAACCAAGUGCCGAGAAUACCUGCAAGCAGACUGGUUGAAUAAUUUCUCUUAUUCUUGUGCUAAUGUAAGGGUACACUUGCAGUGAUACCAGUCCGAUGAAACAGGACAUGACAUCCAAAUUGACAGUCUUAACCAUGUGGCAUAAAAUUGUAAUUUCAAUAAAAGCAGUUGUAAAUCUCGGUGAACUUUAGUUACUACUGCUACAGCUGCUUUUUACCUUCAUUGACCCAUCAUACCAAGUAGUAUUUUCAAAUAAAUGGUGGUUGUUAGUAAUUGACUGGAUCAGUCCUGAGUUUUCUUCAAGUAUCAAUCCCUGCUGGUGUUCUUUGAAUUAUGGAACCCUUUAGAAAAAUGGAGGAUACUUGUUCUUGAUAGGCAGCUGUCUAAGCUGGAGCAGAAUGAAAAUGCUGCAUCGAUACUGUGGAACCCGAGACUCGUGACAUGGCUGAGAGUCAAAAUGUAUAAUCUUGAGGUCAUGCUGAUCACAAAAGCCCAAUGCAGUGAUGGCCAGCACUUUGUAGGCAUUGUUCAGUACAGUUCUCAAGCACCGAGUUUUGUAGACAUUGCCGGGUGCUUGGCAGCAUAGAGAAUGCGAUGCUUAAGGCAUGUUCAAAAGAAUGCUUUGCGGGAAUGAUUCACGAGUUGAUGCCUUAUACAAAAAGGUUACUGAGCAUCUUUAACUAUCUUUAUGGUACAAGUUAUGAUGGCGUCAGUAGGCAUUAGCCAAGAAGCUCAACAUACCUUGACCUUUUGUUAUAUUCGUUAACAUUGACGUACAAUUAAAACCGAAAUUAAAUAAAAAGCUAAUUACAGAAAAUGUUAGGCCUGACGAUUAGAUUUCUAAGGUCAGCACUGACAAAACUGCUUGUUCAGUUCUAUGAACUUGUGUUUAAUAUAUUGUACUAUACAGUGGUGCUCCAACUGCAAAUUUAGUUUAUUUUCAGAUGCCUCCAUUGCAUUCAGUCAAAAUUUUAAAGAUUUCCAUCUAUUACAGGAAUCGCCAUCUGUUCAGACGGCAGCGUGCCAUAUUAGUUGUAAUUUGAGAGAACAAUCUCAUGUACUUCCUGGGUGGGCCAUGGGAUUGUUGCUUUUUAUGUAUUAUGAAUAUCGGCUGCUCACAGGAGUCUUGUAGUGCACUGUAUAGUUCUACAAUAAUGACAAAAUAUCUCGAGGAAGCUUACAAAUACGAACUUGUCUAAUGAUGGCUAUGACGUGCAUGGGAAACAAAGACAUGAUACACUAUAACAACAAGCCAGCGUGUUGCGUAGAUGAAUAAAUCGUGGAGAUUUUAACAAGAAUUAUAAUGCUGCAGUCGUGCCACACUUGUUCUGCUACCUUGGAAAGAGUUAGUAGUUACAUGAAAAUGUUCACUGUUCCCUCUGACAUCGAACAUGUGCAGUACCUUUCCAAAUUGCCAAGAAAUAUUUUUCUACGCUCAUGAAGGCCAUAAUUUUUUGCGCGUAGGCAUAUUCAUUGCAAGUCGGUGAACUUGUAAAUGUACAACGCAUGUUGCAAGUAUUGACAAACACAAAGCCGUAUCAAGCCAAACGGAGGAAGUUUGAGCAAUUUUACGAUGUACUAUACAUUGCUGUGCCAUGCAGGCUGAACCAUAAAACUCCUUUAGACUUCAGCACUAGUGUUUUCGCUACAACAUUUUCAAGGAAGUGUGCUGUAAUGCAUGAAAGCAUUUACACCAUUUUAGCUAAAUCACACCUUCUUCCAGGUCUUUGUGUUGGUUGAUUUUGAAAGUUAUUGCACUGGCCAUUGUACUAUGGUCUUCAGAGCAGGGAACAGAUGAGUUUGUCAACAUGGAAACCACAUUCUGACAUUGUGCAAAAGAUGCUCAGGUAGUACAUUGCUUGAGGCAUGUGAUAAAGAAUCGCGUAGGCUAUGAGAAAUUGACAUCUAUUCCUCGAAUAUAACUUACGCAACAGAAGGCUUAAAGUGCAACCGCCGUUAUGUUACGAUUCAUCUCCUUUGGAGGCAUUCUUAUUCUUGAAGUCACACUUUUCAUUUAAUGCUGAUUCGGUGAAAUUGAAAUCUCUUGCUCACAGAAGUGUUGUCUUAGAAGUACCUGUAUGUUUUUUGAUGACCUCAAUAAUGCUGCAUUCUCUGAGCAAAUAGUACCACUAGCGUACUUUUAAGCUUCCGAAUCUUCCUGGACAGAAGCUUUCUACAUUCAUAUGAACGUGCAGUUUGUUCUUAAGAAGCUGAGCUCUAAGUUUAUGAAGACAAAUUGCAGAGUGUGGCUGAAUGUAUGAUUAAAUAGCUGCAGUGAUCACUGUAUGAACGACACUCCUGUGUUGUUCAUGCAGUGUUCAUUUGCAAAAUAUGUGCAGCGUGCACUACAAACUUUUUACAAUACUGAGCCUAAUAUAUUCUUUUGCAUAUCAAUGAUAAGUUUCUCCCCUUAUGGGGAAAAAAUCAUACUAAGCAUAGCUUUAAGCGAUAUUUUUAAUCGCAAUAAUUGAUGUUCACAAGCUUGGGUAGAAAGUUGGUGCCAAGUGGUCAUGCUUGUUCUCUGAGUAUGAAGCCACCAGUAACAGAUUCAAUAAUAUUUUCUCAGUCUGGGUAUGGAUAUGAAGUAUGUAUACUUAUGUAAUGAAGAGGGUGCCAAAAAGCUUCGACUGUGUGGAUAGUGCUUUUGAGGACAGUUUUCCGAACUAGAGGUCUUCUCAAGCUUCAGAUACUCAACUGUCCUCUGACAUUCUGCAUUUGACGUAAUUUUGAUAUGUGAUAAAUGGAACUAGUGUAUCAUGAACUUUUGUGCAGUACUUCAAAAUUGUGUACUGUCAACUGAACCACUGGCAUGUGAUGAAGUGCAUUUUGCAGCCAUAGCUUAAUCAUUGCACAUGCAUUGCUGUCUUCCUGAAGCAGUUUGAGCAUUUAUGGCACAAUCAAAUGUGCUGUACUUAGUUUUGUUUUGAUGCGGCAAUGGACAGCAGGCAUCGGCCAUUCGGGAACAGAAUUCAUUGAACAUCUCUCCUGUUUAUUAAUUCCACAUAAGACCAUCAUCUAUUCAGUCUUCAGCACAAUAUCAAUAUUUAGAGGGCACACCGUCAUAAUACUAUUAAUCCCAGUGUCAUAUUAGCCUGGAAACAUGCAAUUAUUUUAUGAAAUCAUGAUUUGUUCGAUUGCAGCAGCUUAUUUUGCUAGCAAGGAGCACAAGUUCCCUAAAACUCAAAAUGCGUUACCAAUGUUCACCUUUGAUUGCCAUUAUAAGUAAGGAGUUGAUUCCUUAACUUUUUCUUGCAUCUUUUAAGGGGCACAAAAGAAUUAUAUUUUUCUGGGAUCAGGAAACAUAUUUGCUGAGGCUGUGUAUGCAACUAGUUGGCAGAAAAAUACUCAUCACUAUUAUGCAAAACAUGCAAAAUUCUUCAUUCUUGGAUGUAGUGGCUAAAGUGCAUUUCUAAUACAUUGGCCUGACAUCCUUAAUUUCAACCUGUUUUGAAUGUUUGUCAUCCUUCUGCAGAAAAAGUUUAUAUUCUGGAUUGUGUCGUUGUUAUUAGAAUACAGUGUCGACCUUGCUUAUGAAUAAACAUAAUAGAUAGCUCAAAAAUGCAUAACACCACCAGGUAAUGAUGUGAGAACUUCUUUCGUUAUCACUAUUUCCAUAUUAACAUAUUGCUUGCUGAUGAAGCCUCUGCCCAUGUUAAUCCUCUGUGAAAACGCUAUUCACCUGUGGCGUUCUAGAAUUCUAAGUUUUAAACAAUAUAUUCUUUUCUACUGUUCCUUGAGACCAGAAUAACGCAUCAAUAUGCAACACUUGUUAUAAACUGGAUGUCUGAGUUGCAAAAUGCACAUAUUUUGUCAAUAAAACCAGUACCUUGUUUCGUAAAGCCUAGUGCUGAGGCAUUUUGUUAUGGCUAUAUUUGCAGGUCAUCUCUAAAGUGUAGCUUCUUGUCGGCUUUUCUUUAACCCGCCUUUCCUAAUACCACUGUUGGCACCCAUUGUUGAAGUGCUUCCGCGUAAGAAGUUCUGAUGCCAAAUUGAUCAUCUCGUUGCAUCUUCACAUAACCAUUGCCGACAAACACGCGGAGAACCUAUGGACGUCGACCGCGUGAAAUGUCUAGUUUUCAGUGGGACUGAAGCUCACCUGCGUGGUGCCUGCGAGCACCAAAAAAUUUAAGAGCUGUAGGUUGCAAUUUGCCAGUGUUCUGAUCUUCCUGCUCGGCUUCUUGUGUGGCUGAUGGAAUACAUAUUGCUUUGCCAUUAAUGUUUCUCUUCAACUUUCGAAUUGCUUCAGACCACUGCUGUAUGCUGCCACUGCUCUAAUUGCAAAAUGUAUGAAGGUUGUGUCAAUCUCGUGCAGUUUGCGAAGCGAUUCCGCGCACGGUGCAUAUUCAAGGAGUUACGAUUUCUUCUUGUGUGUAAGCGCAAAUGUUUUGUCUAUAAGAGUGUGUGUUGUUUGUUUCUCAGAUUUUAAAUAAAUGGAAGCUAUAACAGACAA